AUGGUGCGUGCGGAUUCCGCGCCAUAUCUAGGCGCAUAUACGGCGAUCCUGAUAGACACUCACAAGUUUGCUCUGAAGUACUUCAGUGUGACCAUCAUGUCGUCAGACCCCCAACUCGAGGAACUUGAGCGCUUUGAAGCACUCAUCCUGGCGUACUACGUCGAUCUCUACCACGAAUGCCUUUACACCGAUGAAGAGUAGGCCAAUCCCAUCUUCGACGCCGAGACUGCCGAUACCGACGACGACCUAGACGCACAACUUGAGGAAUACGAGCGUUUCGAAUCUGUGUUUAAUCACUUCUACCAUGACCAAUGGAUUUCGUUUUGCGCUCAGCGGCGCCCACAGUAACCUAGUGUU